CAGGUCCGUCCAAAAUGCAACGCUGAGGUUUGUAUUAAUGCAUCUGUAAGUUCCCUGAUGAAAAUGAACUCAAAAAGUGAAUCGUUCAUUUCCUAGUUGGAUUGGGUGGGACCCCCUCAAGAGUGCUUGUGCUUGGCACGAAGCAAGGUGUGUGCCUUUAUUUUACUGGUUUAUGUGGCAUAUUCCCUCCACCACAUCCUACCACAUCAAUUUCACCUUUGCAGGUGCUUAAAAAUCCAAUUUAAAAAACCAUUAAAAGACACGCACCCUUAACGAGAAAGAGAAACUGUGUAAAACAAGCAUGACAUUAGAGGAACUGUAAAUUCUGUUUUGUUUGUGACUUUCAUUGAACCGAUGAAUUCGAUGUUACAUAUUUGAUGACGAAACCGUAUGUAACCUUAGAAAUCUGAUACGUUUAUGACAUUUUGGAAGCAUGGAAUAUGUCUACAUUUACAGGUUACAUUUGACAAACCUCUAAACGUACUUUAUUUUCUUCGAAAUGAGCAGUGAGGCGGUGUACUUCCUCUCAUGAAGUUUCCUGCGUCUAACAGUCAUGCCAGAUUAACUGCCGCCAACACACGAGGGAAGUCGCACAUGCCUUUUGAGGUGGGAAAACAACCAUGAUCAACUCGACCAAAAUGGACAAUGCCACCUUGGCCAUGUUUGACAACAAACUGGCCGGUCAAAUAGUGUCAGCCAUCUAUGUCAUCGUGACCCUAGCCAACCUGAGCGGUAACGGCAUCUCCCUGUUUCUGCUAUUGAUGCGCACCUCUCCGAAAACCCCCUCCAUCAUCUUCAUGAUCAACCUCACCGUCACUGACCUGUUAGUAGGCGCCGUGCUCCCCUUUCAGAUCGCCUACCAACUGCAGGGCUACAACUGGACUUUGGGUGAGAGCAUGUGCAAUGUCCUGACCGUGGUUUUCUUCGUUAACAUGUACUGCUCUAUUUUAUUCAUGACUGCUAUUAGCGCCGACCGCUACAUGGGGAUUGUGAAGCCGAUGCGCUUCAGAGAGAUGAGGAAGAGGAAAACGUACGCGGUUGUUGCCUGCGUAUUCAUAUGGCUGCUAGUCCUUGCGAUUCUGAACCCACUGGAAUUCAGAGACUUGACAUAUAAAGUAACGGAGCGUAAUAUCACUACGUGUUUUGAUGUGUUGAGGAAAGACAUGCUUCCGAGCACUGCGCACUGGGCAGGCUUUCUUUUCGGCAUGUUCAUCGUCCUUUUCCUCUGUCCGUUCAUCAUAACAGUGUAUUGCUACAUUAACAUCAUCUGCGUCCUGGUCAGAAAGAGCAAUAGCCAACAGAAAGGCCGUGCUGUGCAGCUGGCGUGCAUCGUUCUGUUUGUGUACGUUUUUUGCUUCGCUCCCAAUAACAUACUACUCUUGGCCCACUCCAUCACAAGGCUGUUCUAUAACAAGUCUCUCUAUAUCUACUAUAAGCUGACCCUGUCGCUCAGCUGCAUUAAUAGUUGCAUAGAUCCGUUUAUUUAUUAUUUCGCAUCGAAAGAGUUUCGUCGGAAGCUGAGACAAAUGCUCAGGCUGCAGACGCUCAGUGCUGCAGAGACGCAAAUGAUUGAGGGUCACAGAGAAAGCUUUUUCUCCGGACGUACAACGUGUGACGCAAAUGAAGACUGUGACAAUUUUUGAACACAUUUUUGUUGUUGUUGUUGUUUUUCAAGACUUUUCAUGUUUUUUUUGUAGAGGAGGGGGGAAACGUCGCGAUUCAGAUCGGCAGCGGUCACAUGAGCAUUGUUAAAUGAGUCAGAGCACAAGCGCUAACCGCUAGCUCACAGCUCUGACUGACAAUUGUUUAUAAUGAUGUAUUUGUAAAUGCAAACUCAUAGACAGGACCACUUCCUAUAUUUUGUUUUCUUGUUAUUUUUUGGUAGCAUUUAGCUUCUGUUCUGUUUUAAUUUCCUGGCAGAGCAGCUGAGGAAAAGCACGCUGCUCACAUGCAUUUAGGCCAUGUGAUGUUUUUUUUAUUAUUAGACAACCAAGUUCCUGCUCACUAAAACUUUGACAUAUUUGUUGUGUACACUGAUGACUCAGCAGCGACUUCAGUGAUUUCUGGUUUGAUUAAAAAAAGCACAAAGACUUGUGGCAGCUAUUUUAGAUGUUUUGUUUACCUGCAAUUAUUUUUAUACUGUAAAAUACGCAAUUAUUGUAUGAUUAGAAUUCAUUUUCUUUUCUGAUCCAAAGUGUUUGAAUAUUUAUUUUACUUAUUUUGCCUGUAUUAUUACAUUAUAAUUCAUAUUAUGUUUGUUACGAUUUUUUUCUGUCAUAUAGGGGCAUUUAUUU